AUGAUCCAGCGUGAACGUGCGGAGCUCGAAUAUCUCUGCGCUGAUUGUGGGGCUAAGAACCAUAUCGUCCCGAGGCAGCCGAUCAAGUGCAUGGAGUGCGGACAUCGGAUUAUGUAUAAGAAGAGGACUAAGAAGGGUGAGUCAAUAUGA